AUGCAGCGCGGCGCGCUGUCCCCGGUGCUGAUGCUCAGCGCUGCCCCUGAGCCUCCGCCGCGCCCGCCUCCCGCCCUUUCCCCGCCGGGCCCCGGCCCCCGCCAUGGGUCGGCUCGGUCCGCUCCUGCCCCAGAGCCGUCGGGGGGCCUGGGCGCGGCACUCGACAGCAGCUUGCGGGCCGCCGUGGCGUUUAAAGCGGAGGGCCAGCGCUGCUACCGAGAGAAGAAGUUCCGGGAAGCCAUCGGCAAGUAUCAUCGGGCACUGCUGCAGCUGAAGGCGGCGCAGGGGGCCCGCCCUGGAGGCUUGCCCGCCUCCACCUCCGGGCCCGCCACCAGCCCGGGGCCGGCCCGCCUCAGUGAGGAGCAGCGGCGCCUGGUGGAGAACACGGAGGUGGAAUGUUAUGACUCUCUCACGGCCUGCCUGCUGCAGUCGGAGCUGGUGAACUAUGAGCGGGUGCGUGAGUACUGUCUCAAGGUGCUGGAGAAGCAGCAGGGCAACUUCAAGGCUACCUACCGCGCCGGCAUUGCCUUCUACCACCUGGGCGACUAUGCACGCGCCUUGCGCUACCUGCAGGAGGCCCGCAGCCGCGAGCCCACAGACACCAAUGUCCUGCGCUACAUCCAGCUGACUCAGCUGAAGAUGAACCGUUGCAGCCUCCAGCGUGAAGACAGUGGGGCUGGGGCCGGGUCUUGAGAUGUCAUUGGCUGA